CACCCGGGGCGGCGAGGGGGGCAGCGCCAGAGGCUCGCAGCCGCGCGGGGGCCACGGAGCCCAGAAGCAGCCCUGCAAGAUGCGCGUAGACACCCGGCGGCUGGAAGAAUGAGCUUGUCCUUCCUCCUCCUCCUCUUCCUCAGCCACCUCGUCCUCAGCGCCUGGGCUCGCGGGGAGAAGCACGUCGCCGCCAAAGGGCACCCCGGACCCGCUGCCACCGGUCAGAGCCCGGGAGGCGCCCGCAGCAGCCGGAGCGGCAGGGGCACGACGUCCUCCGCCUCCGCCUCCGCCUCCGCCUCCGCCUCCGCCUCCGCCUCCCCCGGCGCUUCUCCGGGCAACCGAGGCGGCGGCUCGGAGCAGAGCAGCUUCCAGUGGAGCCCCUCGGGGCGCCGGACCGGCAGCCUGUACUGCAGAGUGGGCAUCGGCUUCCAUCUGCAGAUCUACCCGGAUGGCAAAGUCAACGGCUCCCAUGAAGCCAACAUGUUAAGUAUUUUGGAAAUAUUUGCUGUGUCUCAGGGGAUUGUAGGAAUACGAGGAGUUUUCAGCAACAAAUUUUUAGCGAUGUCAAAAAAAGGAAAACUCCACGCAAGUGCCAAAUUUACAGAGGACUGCAAGUUCAGGGAGCGAUUUCAGGAGAACAGCUACAACACCUACGCUUCGGCGAUCCACAGAACUGAGCCUGCGGGCCGCGAGUGGUACGUGGCCCUCAACAAGAGAGGGAAGGCCAAGCGGGGCUGCAGCCCCAGGGUCAAACCCCAGCACGUCUCCACUCACUUCCUGCCCAGGUUCAAGCAGCUAGAGCAGCCAGAACUUUCUUUCACGGUCACCGUUCCUGAGAAGAAAAAGCCACCCAGUCCUGUCAAGCCAAAGGUGCCCGUGUCUGCCCCUCGGAAGAGUCCCAACACCGUGAAAUACAGACUCAAGUUCCGCUUCGGGUAACCUUCAUCUUGGCCUUGGAGAAACCAGGCCUUCCCUCGGCGCUUCCAGGGCUGUGCUGAUGACCUGAGAAAGAAGAGUAUUGGGUCCAGCUCCAGCUCAACUGCACUGUCUCCAAGUCAGGUCACGGGUUUCAGUGCCACCGAAACAAAGAUGUUUUCUGAGAGGAGCUGAGCCGGAAUUCUUCGUCCUAAGUGGGGAGCCCACGGCUUCAGUGCCCAAGAUGGGAAAGCCUUCUGCUCUGUGCUUGGUGGUACCCAGUAUGUUCUGGAAGCUCAAGAGCGUGGACUUCAUACUCUCCUGACUUUUACAGAUCAACCUGAAAGAACACACAUGAUACAUUUUUAUUUUUGGUUUCCAAAGAAUAUUUUGAUGCAGAUGAAAUAUUUUUAUUAACUUUUGUUUUUGUUUUUUGGGUUUUUUUUUUAAAAGUACCUCUGCAUUGAGCAUAUUUUCUUACUUUUUUAUUUUAAUUAAUAUGGCAUAACCAUUUGAAUGCAGUUUAUGAAUAUAAAUGUGUUUAUAGCCCAUUUGUAACAUGUGGAUUUUUUCAUUUUUCUUAUUCAUUGCACUUU